AUGCGAAAUACAUUUCAAGCCGCUUUUAGGGGCUUAACGCGACAAUACAUUAUAAGGCAGUCGUGGCCCUGUGGUAGAGAGUUGAGGGCGCAACUGAUAAUCCCGCCGUCUUCUACAUCUAGCCCAUUUAAAUGCCGGAACUACUCAAAGUUUAGCAACCAUCUGUCCACGGAUCGGGCGAUGGAGCUGCUAUGCAACCUUGAUGAUGAGGAACGCAGCAACCUGCGUUCCGCUCUUGACAGGCUAGAUGCCGACAAGGAAAAAAAGUUGUACGAGAGUCAACUGGCUUUUGGCAGUUGGCGUACUCGCUUCGGACGACUUUCCAAUAAGACGGAAUUGGGCCAAGUUAUUGCGGGAACUUUUUGUGCAGUGCCCGAUGAUUGGCUGCGAAAAAAAUUGGUUGAGACGGCAGCAUCACCCACUGCAGGUCAAUUGUACAGCAUUUUCUUUGUAAAUGCAGUGCCGUUUGUCGCUUUCGGAUUUCUUGACAAUUUCAUAAUGAUAAUGGCGGGCGAAUAUAUUGAAUAUUAUUUGGGCCACUUUAUAACGCUGUCUACAAUGGCAGCCGCAGGACUAGGCAACACCAUAAGCGAUAUUCUGGGCAUCACUAUGGCUACCUACGUUGAGAAUGGGUGCCAGAUAUUGGGUCUAAAGCAGCCCAAUUUGACUCCAGCGCAAUUUGAAUUAAAGUCUAGCAAGCAGUCGUCAAGUUACGGUCGAAUUGUCGGGAUCACUGUGGGCUGUCUGCUUGGAAUGUGUCCUUUAUGGCUUAUGGAUGAAAAAGCAGAUAAGGUGAACGUAAAUGAUGAGAUCCACAAAAACUAGAAAGUUUUCGAGCUUGUCAAGAGAACGGAUAUCGCUAAUAAUUUAACAACUUUUCAUAUUUUAAAAGGAUAUCAUGAUUUUUUGUUGAACAUCUUGAAUAUGUAUUAAAUGUUUGUUAUGCAACUCAAUAGAAAAACGUACCAAAAGUGUCUGAGAAACAAAUAUGCUUAUCGGUGGUUAUUGUCCUUACAAACAAUAUGUUAAAUUUAUAAUUAUAUAUAUUUUAUAUUUAUAUUUAUAAUUUAAUACUUUUUUUAUCACCUAACCACCUUAUAACAGAUUACUCGAAAAACCUCAAUAUGUAUAAGCCAUACUAUAGGUUUAACUCUAUAAUGCUUUUGAAUGUCUUUAAAUUUUACAAAAUACAAUUCUUAAGUAAAUUUAUCAUAUAUAUACAGUGCCGUUCAACAGAAUAGCUUUGAAAAAUAUUUUUCAUAUGAUUCCUCUUUUUUUGUUACAAUUGCAAAACUUUUGACUCUUUUGAUUUGACUCGUUACUUUCAUCGUUGUUAACCAAUUUUGAAAAAUGUAAUUCACUAAAAAAAAAGAUAGAAAAAUAGGUCAAAGUCAACACAUCGUUAGUAAUCCUAUAUAUACUGAUAAUCUAAUCUGUACUGAAGCAGAUCAUUGAAAACCAAAUAGUUGAGGGAAAAACUAUAUGGGAACAGCAUUCUAACUAGUUGGACCAGAGGGCUAUUAUUACUAUUUUCACAAUUCAAGAAAGGAUGUAGUACACCCUUCUACUGAACGAGUAUCGGGUCUAAAAAACACACAAAUCUAUUACGUCUAACGUCACUAUUUUAAUUUAUGAAGAAAAGUUAUAUAGAUUUCGAAAAGUUUAUUGUUUAAAAAAAGUAUAUUGUGUGAAAUGGCAAAAUUUUGCAAAAAUGCAUCAAUACAAGACUUUCAUAUAGUAAUUAAAUAACUUUCGAUCUUUUAACAAAAUGUCCAAAUGCUUAUGUCCAAAAAAAAAAA